AUGAACCAAGAAAAAGAUGAAAAAAUCCUGAAAUCACUGAUAUACAGCGAACUCUACAAAAAUUACUACUAUCUUAUCUCGUAUAAUGAAACAACCAAGAAGGCAGUUAUUAAAAUCGGUAAAAUCACGAACAAAGAAAUCAUCGACAACGAAGAAAAAACUCUGUUCAAACUCACGUUAAACAAUGCAAUUGAAGAAGCCAAGAAAAGAAUCUGCGAAAAAAUCAUCAAAAAACAUCAAGAUCUUUUCGAUGAAAUUGAGAGUAGAAUCGAUACCUCUUACAAAGAAGAACUCUUUGAAUUUUUAGAUAGUACCAUUGAAGAUUUUGUCACCGAUGAUAUCGAUAAAUUUAUAUUCGCGUCAAUCUUUC